AGGACUAGAGACUCCGAGGAGGGUCUGAAGAUACGGUGAGAAGACAGAGGCUCAUGGGAAAACCGGUCUUCCGUGAGAGGAGUCUGGCCUGAGGAAUGAUGGGAGUGUGGCUAAGGAGUCUGGACUCCCCGAAGAUGCCCAAGGAGAUGCACACAUAGAGCCUCUCGGAAGAGAGGGAAGGGAACGCGGGAAAGGACAAGGUUUGGGGAUCUGCCUAGAACUACAGUCUGCAGAGCUGACCUCUGGGGGUCGGACCCCCUCCCAACUCCCCUUUUCCCAGUAUCACCUCCUCCCAUCCCACUCCACCCCCGCCCUGGAUUGCGGCGCCUGCGCGCAGCAAACUCGCUUUGCUCUGCUCCAGCUCCGACAGCUUCUGCUGGCUCCGGAGAUACAGACCCAGAGGGACCCAUGAUGAGCUGCAGUCGCUCGUGUGUCUGUAGCCAUGGCACCAGUGUGGAGGAAAGUACGUGGUAUGGGAUUGAAGCCUACCCCAGUAUCUUCUACAGGGAGAGCGAUAACCCAGAAGGACCCCUCGUUCAGUAUAACUACAGCCCUUGGCCCUCAUUGUGUUGGAAGGUGACCGUGUCCGUGGCGUCCCUGCUGCUCCUGCUCGGUGUGGCAGCCCUGACCACUGGCUAUGCAGUACCCCCCAAACUAGAGCUGGUUAAUGUCAGUAGGUUCUCAUCUUUGGAUGAUCCAAUAGCCGACUAUAACCAAGCGCUGAUCACCUGCCGCGUGGCAGGCGCGACGCUGUGCGGGACAGCGGGGAUCCUGCUGGCUGUCUGCCUCUUCUUGGCCACCUCCAGUUGGCUGAACCAGGACAUCAAGGCAGAGCCCUUGGUCACCGAAGCUGACAGCCCUGUGGAGGUCUUCAGAGAUGAGCCCGAGCAGCUGUCCCCAGGCUUCCAUGAUGUCAGCAAUCAGUCUUGGUUCUUGGCUCCCACCAGUCCUUUGGGGCAAUGUUCUGUGCAGACCAGCCAGCCCCAAAGGGACUCCUAA